CAUAUUACUAUUUAAUGGUUUUUACCACCUGCUAUAACAAUGGAAAAUGUAUCUUAUGAAAUUUUUAUUUUUACUGCAUUCCAGGACUUUGGUAGCAAAAAGGAGGCAUAUUUCUGCCUUUCCCUUAUAGGCUAUAUGUUGAUAAUAAUUUUUAAUUCAUCCUUAGUUAUUUUAAUAUACAAUGAAAAAAAACUUCAUGAGCCCAUGUACAUUUUUCUUUUUCAAAAAUUAAUUUUUGUUUCCUGGAUUUAUCCUAUUUUUAUGGUGUCUAUUGGAGUGAUGUUAUCUGCACGUUUGCCUCUGUGUGGCAAUGAAAUUAAUAGAGUGUACUGCAACAACUGGGAAAUUGUUAAACUAUCCUGUACAGACACAAGUAGUAACAAUAUUUAUGGAUUUUUUGUGAUCUGCACGUUUUUAAUACCUUUCAUUUUCAUUGUUUAUUCAUACAUGAAAAUUCUGUCAGUGUGCUUGAACAGUUCUAGAUCGCAAAAACAUAAAGCUUUUCAAACAUGUCUCCCCCAUUUAGUAACACUGAUCUUUUUUUUAAGCUCUAUACUCUUUGAAUUAAUUGAGAGCAGACUUAAUGCAAAGAGAAUAACAAAUACAUUAAGUAUUGAAGAACCUGAGGAUUUCAAGAUUAAAGUUUGA